CCUACCUCAACAGAAUACAACGACACUACCCUACAUCCGGUGAUAUACUUCAUCCACGGCGAAUCGUAUGACGCUGGCAGUGGAAACGCUUAUGACGCUACUGUACUCGCUGCCGUCGGAAACGUCGUCGUCAUCACCAUCAACUACAGGCUUGGUAUCCUUGGUUUCUUAACGUUGGAAAACAGCGCUGCACGAGGUAACAAUGGAAUUCUGGAUUUACUGGCCGGCUUAGAUUGGGUAAACAAAAACAUCCGAAAUUUCGGCGGCGACCCAAACAACGUCUGCUUGUUUGGUCAUCGCUAUGGGGCAGCUCUGGUCAACCUGCUCAUCAUGUCUCCUGUACUUAAAAGUCGUAACCUUUUCCGCAACGCCAUCAUGCAGAGUGGCAGUGCACUGGCCUCAUGGGGACUGUCCCACUAUCCAAUCUUCUACGCUCACCAGCUCCUCAACAGGUUCAACUGC